AUGGCUUCGAAAACAUUUGGCUCCGGGUUUCACUUGCCCCUAAAUGCUGUUGACCAAGUCAACCAGCCGCCACUUCAUUUUCUGUGGGUGCAAGAUGCUUGCAUCCUCUCAACUGGGAUUCUAUGGACUAUCGCAUACGUCCUCUACAUACGCCAAGGCUUUCAGGAUAGGUCCUAUGGCAUGCCUUUGUUCGCUCUAUGUGCGAACAUUGGCUGGGAGUUUGUCUACGGCGUAGUAUUCCCCAUAUCAUAUGCGGAAACACUGACAUUUGUCCCAUGGGUGCUUAUCGAUUGCGGUAUCAUUUAUACCACGGUCAAAUUCGGCCCUGAGCAGUGGAAACACGCUCCUCUGGUAGCAAACAACCUGGUGCCCAUCUUGGCUUGUGGCACCGCCUUGGGGAUUGCAGGGCAUGUAGCAUUUAUCAAGACUUGCUCAUCCGUGGUUGAGGCUGCACUCUACUCGGGCUUCACUUUGCAGGUCAUCUUGGGAGCUGCAUCUGUUGCACAGCUGAUGUCCCGAAACAACACAAGCGGCCACACAUGGACAAUCUGGGUCUGUCGCAGUAUUGGUUCAUUUUUGGCGGUUGUCAUGUUUUCUUGGAGAUAUUGGCACUACCCAGCGGACUACCCGGCAGUUGGCAGUCCUAUGACUAUCUUCAUCUUCACGUGCGUUGAAAUCGCUGAUUUGACAUACCCAUUCGUAUUUGCGAGCAUCAAUGCGAAUCACAAGAACAAGCUUCAGUGA